AUGUCCUCUGGCGAUGCUGGUUUCUUUUGUAUGGUGAAUGCGCUCGCUGCCUGCCUUUGGGCCGUGUUAAAUCCAGCCCUCUGCCCCAGCGCCACGCUUUCUUCCACCUUCCCUGGCGCGGCCUGGAUCGACUGCCAGCCGGGCGCCAGCGCCGGCGCCGGCGCCCAGGCAGCCGUGAAGCAGGGCCGGAAGAUGGGCGGCAAGCAUGGCGCAGGCGGCUCCUCCAACGCCGCCGCCAAUGCUGCUGCCAUCGCUGACGGCGGCAACGCAGUUGCGGGCGCCCAAGCCUCAGCUGAGACUGAGACCACCGGCAGUCAUUGGCCCUGGGGCGGCUCUGGCAGCUCUGCCGAUGCCGCCGCCGCCGCCAACGCCAUCGCCAACGGCGGCAAUGCAGCUGCUGGCGCCCACGCCUCAGCUGAGACCACCGGCAGCACCUGGCCAUGGCAUGGCAGCAGCUCUGCCAAUGCCGGCGCCAACGCCAACGCCAUCGCCGCUGGCGGCAGCGUAUCUGCUGGCGCCCAAGCCUCAGCCGAGGCCACCGGCAGUCAUUGGCCUUGGGGCGGCUCUGGCAGCUCGGCUGAUGCCGCCGCCAAUGCCAACGCUGCAGCCACCGGCGGCGUCGCCUCCGCCUCCGCCUUCGCCUCUGCCGAAGCCGCCUCCGUGUGCGGCCUGGCCCAGGCCGUCGCCUCUGCCUCCGCCUCUGCCAGCGGGGUGCUGCCAGCCGACCCGUGGGGCCACCGCCACAGCACCCUCCAGCUCAGCGCCACCGCAGUGGCGCAGGCUCAGGCCCUGGCGGCCAGCCCCGGCUGCCUGGCUGGCGCGGGCGCCUUUGGCUGCUCCCUGGUGCAGAGCCUCGCCACGGCUGAAUCAAGCAUGGACAUAGGCGCCAGCGCAAGCGGCAACUCGGUGCCUAUCCGCGUCACCGCCACCGCCCAGGCCACCGCCGAGGCGAGCGCCGUGCUGCGCAGCCCGCUGUGCGGCGGGGGCGGCGGCGCCGCUGCCGGGGCAGACGCCGCCGCAUACUCGGCCUAG